CGUUGUGAUGAAUUUCUGGUGCAUUUGAUCGAUAUAGUAUUAUGACAAUACCUAGGGGUAAUCUGGAAAAUUUACUCUCGCCACCGAGCCUUAAAGAGAGGAAAGGGAUUAUUAUUAUUAGUAUCGAGUGUUAAAAUUGUGUCUGAUUAGAUUCGUUAAUUGAGAUUGAAAAGACGGAAAUCGUCUCUGUUGAAAAACGGAAACAGAAAUAAGAGCAAUUUGUUAAAAGAUGGAAGAUCAAGAAAUGCCAGAGGGAAGUAUAAAGAACAUAUUAGAACAAGAGAGCCUCAAGUGGGUCUUCGUUGGAGGCAAAGGCGGUGUCGGCAAAACGACAUGUAGUUCGAUUCUCUCGAUCCUUUUGGCCGGAGUACGACCUUCUGUUUUGAUCAUAUCCACUGACCCAGCUCACAAUCUCAGCGAUGCCUUUCAACAACGCUUUACCAAAACACCUACUUUGAUUAAUGGCUUCACCAAUCUUUAUGCUAUGGAGGUGGAUCCUACUGUUGAAGAAGACAUGGGAUCUAACGAGGGGAUGGAUGGCUUGGUUUCCGAGCUAGCAAAUGCAAUUCCUGGUAUUGACGAGGCUAUGAGCUUCGCAGAAAUGCUGAAAUUGGUGCAGACAAUGGAUUAUUCUACUAUAGUGUUUGAUACAGCACCAACAGGCCAUACACUUCGGCUAUUACAAUUUCCAGCAACCUUAGAGAAGGGGCUCAAUAAAAUGAUGUCUUUGAGAAAUAAAUUUGGUGGGUUGAUGAGUCAGAUGAGUCGCAUGUUUGGUAUAAAUGAUGAUUUUGGGGAGGAUGCUAUCUUGGGAAGGCUUGAGAGCAUGAAGGAUGUGAUUGAACGGGUUAAUAAGCAGUUCAAAGACCCGGACUUGACAACAUUCAUCUGUGUCUGUAUUCCAGAGUUCCUUUCUCUCUAUGAAACUGAGAGACUGGUGCAGGAACUCACCAAAUUUGAGAUAGAUACACACAAUAUUAUCAUUAACCAAGUUCUUUUUGAUGAGGAAGAUGUUGAAUCCAAGUUGCUCAAAGCUAGAAUGCGGAUGCAACAAAAGUACCUUGAUCAAUUCUACAUGUUGUAUGAUGACUUUAACAUCACAAAGCUGCCACUGCUACCACAAGAGGUUACUGGUGUUGAAGCUCUCAAGUCAUUUUCACAGCAUUUUCUGGCACCAUAUCAACCGGCCGCUAGCAGAGGGGUGGAAGAAUUGGAGCGGAGAGUAAGCAAGCUAAGGCAAAUGUUGGAAGACGCAGAAGAAGAACUGGAGAGACUAAGGAAAGGAAAACAGAAGGCAUGAUCAUGCUUUUGCAUGCUCACCAUUUACACGCUUGGCUACUAUUUUCUUGUCUCCUAACAACCGGUGGCAACGUCAACGAUUGGGCUGCCAAAUGAAACCGAUCUUCAAUUUUACCAUUGGAUUAUGUUCCAUUUCCUUUUUAUUUCUUGAAUUUUAUUUUUUUUAUGUAUUUUUAGAUGGUAAUAAAUUUUUAACACAAUAUUUUUUGAAGUGAUCAUCCACAGGUUUUUCUCUUGUAGUGGUUUCAACAUUAUAAUUUAAAACAACCUUCUAUUUUUUUUA